AAUUUCCGUAACCCCUUUUAAAUCCCCGACUAAAAAUUACUCCCUGGAAGGGAGAGGAGGAAACGGGAAGGGGAGGACGCUUGGAGAGAAAGGAGAGAAAGAAAAGAAUUAUCUCCUUCUCCGUUCUUCCGUUCGAUCGAUCUUUUGAGUUUCUUCGUCGCCGUCUUCGUCGAGAGAGGUCAUGAUCUUGCUUCAGAGUUAGCAAUUGGAUCUCAUUUGCGAUUUCCUUCCACCAGGAUUUAGAAAUCUGGAUUUUGACAUCAUGGCGCUCUUGAGGUUCAAGAAAGGGAGUAAGGUGGAGGUAUUGAACAAGAGGGAAGUGCCCUCAGGCUCCUGGUGGUGUGCCGAGAUCAUCUCUGGGAAUGGGCAUACCUACAGUGUUAGGUACGAUCAAUAUUUGCCAGACAUGGAUGGUGCUGUGGAAAGAGUACCAAGAAAGGCUAUCAGGCCACGUCCUCCUCCUGUUAAGGUGCCGAGGAGCUGGGUUGCUGGUGACAUUGUUGAGGUCUUUGACAACAACUCGUGGAAGCUUGCAGAAGUGUCAAAGGUUGUUGCUAGGGAUUUCUAUUUUGUAAGACUCCUUGGAUCCUUCAGGGAAUUCAGAGUCCAUAUAUCGGAUCUCAGGGUGCGACAAUCUUGGCAGGACAACAAAUGGGUUGUGAUUCAGAAGGAAUCCGGAAGAUGUAAUGAUGGACUUAUGAACAGCCAGACCAAAAUUGUAAAGUUCAGUUCCCAAUUACCCCAGUCCUGCAUAGAGUUGGAGAAAUAUGGGGUAGAUGAGCAAAUUUGUGUCGAAAAUAAUAAUGGAUAUGCAGAACCCACUUCAAGAAGCAUGAAGAAAAGAUCACUCCCAGUUGAUACAUGCACUGGAACCAACAGAAAGAUGAGAGCAGUCCAGAAAGAAGGAAAGCAUCAACAAAUCAUUGGAAGGCAUUCAUCUCAAUUACUAGAAAAGGUAGAUGCUGUUGCUUCACCACGUAAAAUGCUUGGUGAAAAAUACAUGCAUGCUUCCUUAAACCACCGAAUUUAUGAAAUGGGCUCAGACAAGCAAAAACCACUAGCUGAUGUUGGCUAUCGUUUCAUAGGAAGUGAAGAGAUUUUCCUCUUCAUGCAAAAAAGGCACUGGAAGAAGAAAUUCAUCAUUUAGAGUUACAUGCUUAUCAUUCCACCAUGUUGGCAUUAUAUGCAUCUGGGCCCUUAAGUUGGGAAAAGGAAGCAUUGAUGACUAACCUCCGCCUUAUGCUGCACAUAUCAAAUGAUGAACAUCUAUUAGAGCUAAGGUAUCUUGCAUCUGCCAAAACAGAUAUUCAUCAUAGUUCUCAGAACACUUUUUUUAGCUCAUUGUAGGGUCCCUUACACUUUACUUUCUACUACUUCUGCCUUAAUUCCUCCAUGGCACUGUAAAGCAGGCAUUAAUGUGUACAUGGGUAUUCAGGUUUUGAUGAUGCAACAGUAAAUUUCUGUGGCGAGUUAUUUUUCUUGUAUGAUACUACUUUUCAUAAAGCAGUGGAAUAUUUUAGCAUUGAAGGUCUCCUGGCUCAAUCUGUGUUAGUUUGUGUAGUUGUUAUACCUUCUAUAUUAUCCAUCCUUAUUGUAUAGUGGAAUGACGAACAAUUUCUAAAGUGAUGGUCUUCAGCAAAUUGUUAACAAUUUAUUUAAAUUUUUUUACAUGGAUUUGGUUGAUGCUAUUUAAGUUUAUUGCCUAAAGGAGGCAUUUGCUUACCUGCUUGCUCUCAUCAAGCUUUGUCAAGAUGGACAAUCAACCAAUCAUGCACAUUUACAUAACAGUUGAUGGGUGACUAAUUUGUAUUCUUAGUGGAGAGGCUGAGCUUUUUCCAAUUCAGUUGUGUUUCUCAUACAAGAAUUUGGCAGUUUCAAAGAAAUGCUGGUUGCCAAGGGCAUUUUGAGCCCUCAUUAUCUGAAUAUGUGCAUAACAUUAUAUGGUUCAUAUUUGGAGUUAAAAUCCUAAGGGUUCAUGCUCAGGGAUUGCAAUCAUAAUUUGUUUUCUUUCUUUUACCGCCUCAGUUUUAUUAAGUUGCUUUAAUUUGAACUUUCUUUAGAAGAGGCCUCUUGUUGUGAUCCAAUGUGCUUCUAUGCUUAGCGAAUUUGAUACUGUAAAAGUAUUCCGUCUUGAGGACAUAUUUG